GUUCCACGUUGGAGAUACAGCGUUCCUGUCCCGCCCGCUGGAGAUGCCUGCAGAAGGUGUCACCUUCCACGAUGAGGACAACUUGGCAGCUCUUUUUGCAUGGGCUGGCAUCAAACAACUUGUCCGUGCACAAUUCCCCCCACCGCACAUCGUUGCUUUCGGGCACAUCUACCACACCCUGUACCUCGCGAAACUUCCGCCUUCUUCGCGGCAGUCCGUGUUCCAGCUGUUGUUCGCUCUCCGUCGUGCCACCUUUCCUAAAGGUCCUCAAGGAACGUCGGUGGUGACCCAGGAGGAAGGACUCCAGCUGCCUCUUGCUCGUGCUGCUUCGACCAACGACUUUAAGCACGAUCUGCAAGCCCCUCGCCAGGCCUCGUCACGCCCUGCGCAUGGUUCUGCAGAGGACAAGGACUUCAGUAGGUCGGCGGCUCCGGUGUCCAAGAGCUGGAAGAAUCGUUGGGGCGACCGGGAUUCGACGACCAAGAGCGGGACGGACGACCACCACCGCUCCACCCAGUCUUCGCGAAGGCGCGGCGUCGGAGAUAACAGGCGAGGGCGAGCCGUGGGGAACCAGCCGACCGNGACAAGGACUUCAGUAGGUCGGCGGCUCCGGUGUCCAAGAGCUGGAAGAAUCGUUGGGGCGACCGGGAUUCGACGACCAAGAGCGGGACGGACGACCACCACCGCUCCACCCAGUCUUCGCGAAGGCGCGGCGUCGGAGAUAACAGGCGAGGGCGAGCCGUGGGGAACCAGCCUACCGGGUCUUCGCCGGCGAGCAGCCAUCACCGGAGCAGGAGUCGGAGCGCAGAAAGUCAACAGCGCACCAAUCCUUCGCGUGGGCGCAGCCGGAGCGGAGACCGGCGUGGGAGAAACACGCCUCCGUCUAUGCGUAGCCGCAGCCGGAGCCAGAACCAGAGCUGGGGCAAUAGCAGGGCGACCAGCACUGACAGCAGUCGCGGCGGAAAAGGGCGAGGGAGGUCAGGACACGGUAGAAAACCAUCUGCGCAAGGAACCGGCAGGGCCCUCGACGUACGCCUUCUUUAUCCAGAAAUUGGCGGCUGCCUGGGACACUCAAGACAAGAGCUCGGGGAUUGAUCGUCUUCGCAGUUUUGGCGUAUCCAACGGCGAGACUUGCGGAGAAUAA